CGCGCACUCCGCACUCACACUCCCCCCUCCCUCCCGCUUAAGAAGAUGCCUUGCCCCCAUCUCCUCCUCCCCUUCCUCGCCGAUCCUCACCACCACCACCGCCGCCACCGCCGCCAACGCCGCCGCGGCGUUGGUCUCGAUCGUUGUCGAAUAGGGAGGAGGGGGUACGUUGGUCGUCGUCGUCGUUGUCGUAGUCGCCGCCGCGGGGCGGGGGAGGCAUGGCGACGGGGGGAGGGGGGUUGUCGGGGCCGCAGCCGUCGCUGCGGCGGGGCUUGUCGAGGGCGUUCACCAUGAGGCCGGAGGGGUACUCCGGGGAGGACGGCGGGGAGUACAGCGAGGAGAGCGAGCUGGUGCCUAACUCGCUCGCCCCCAUCGUCCCCAUCCUCCGCGCCGCCAACGAGAUCGAGGAGGAGAACCAGCGCGUCGCCUACCUCUGUCGGUUUACCGCGUUCGAGAAGGCUCACACCAUGGAUCCAAACUCAGGUGGACGAGGAGUUCGGCAAUUCAAAACAUACCUCUUGCAUAGGCUGGAGAAGGAUGAACACGAGACACAGCGCAGACUUGCAGGAACAGAUGCGAAAGAGAUUCAGCGGUUUUAUGAGCAUUAUUGUAAAAAAAAUCUUGUGGACGGUCUUAAGACAAAAAAACCGGAGGAGAUGGCUAGACACUAUCAGAUUGCGUCCGUCCUAUAUGAUGUGCUAAAAACCGUGACACCUGAAAAAUUUCACGCUGAGUUUGAUAUAUAUGCUAAAGAGGUUGAAAAGGAGAAAGCUUCCUUCUCACACUACAACAUUCUACCCCUUAAUAUUUCUGGUCAGCGACAACCAGUAAUGGAAAUUCCUGAGAUUAAAGCAGCAGUGGACCUUCUUCGCAAGAUAGACGGCCUCCCGAUGCCAAGGCUUGAUCCAGUUUCUGCUGAAAAAGAGACAGAUGUACCUACUGUCCGUGAUUUGUUUGAUUGGCUCUGGCUGACAUUUGGAUUUCAGAAAGGCAAUGUUGAGAAUCAGAAGGAGCAUUUGAUUUUGCUGCUUGCAAAUAUUGAUAUGAGAAAAGGGGCUAAUGCCUACCAAAGUGACAGACACAAUCAUGUGUAUGGCUCGCAGAUGCAUAGUGAUACAGUUAGAUCCUUGAUGAGGAAAAUCUUUGAAAACUACAUUUCUUGGUGCCGAUAUUUACAUUUGGAGUCAAACAUAAAAAUUCCAAACGAUGCCUCCACACAACAACCUGAGAUUCUUUACAUAGGGUUGUAUUUGCUGAUCUGGGGUGAAGCUUCUAAUGUUCGCUUUAUGCCUGAAUGUAUUUGUUAUAUCUUCCAUCAUAUGGCAAGGGAUUUGUAUGACAUCAUAUCUGAUAGAAGACAAGAUUUUGAUCCACCCUUUCGGCGAGAGGGGAGUGAUGAUGCCUUUCUACAGCUUGUUAUUCAACCCAUCUACAGUGUUAUGAAGCAGGAAGCUGCAAUGAAUAAACGUGGUAGGACAAGCCACUCAAAGUGGAGAAACUAUGAUGACCUGAAUGAAUACUUUUGGUCAAAGAGAUGCUUCAAACAGCUUAAAUGGCCGAUGGAUUCAGCAGCUGACUUUUUUGCGGUUCCUCUGAAAAUUAAAACUGAAGAGCAUCAUGAUCGUGUGAUUACCAGACGGAGAAUACCCAAAACAAAUUUUGUUGAAGUUCGUACAUUUUUGCACCUAUUCAGAAGUUUUGAUCGAAUGUGGGCUUUCUUUAUAUUAGCCUUCCAGGCGAUGGUAAUUGUUGCUUGGAGCCCUUCUGGAUUACCGUCUGCUAUUUUUGAUCCUACUGUUUUCAGAAAUGUUUUGACAAUAUUCAUAACGGCUGCAUUUCUGAACUUCCUGCAAGCCACGCUUGAGAUAAUUCUUAACUGGAAAGCUUGGAGGAGUCUGGAGUGCUCGCAGAUGAUACGAUAUAUCCUGAAAUUUGUUGUAGCUGUUGCUUGGUUGAUAAUUCUUCCUACAACGUAUAUGAGUUCUAUUCAAAAUUCCACGGGCCUUAUCAAGUUCUUCAGCAGCUGGAUUGGAAAUCUGCAGAGUGAAUCGAUAUAUAAUUUUGCCGUUGCUCUUUACAUGUUACCAAACAUAUUCAGUGCUUUGUUUUUCAUAUUUCUACCAUUUCGAAGGGUAUUGGAGCGUUCAAAUUCUCGCAUUAUUAGAUUUUUUUUGUGGUGGACACAGCCAAAGCUAUAUGUUGCCCGAGGCAUGUAUGAGGAUACAUGUUCACUUCUAAAGUAUACAUUAUUCUGGAUACUAUUGCUCAUAUGCAAGCUCGCCUUCAGUUUCUAUGUUGAGAUUUAUCCUCUCGUUGGACCAACGAGGACAAUUAUGUUCUUGGGACGAGGGCAAUACGCAUGGCAUGAGUUCUUUCCAUACUUGCAGCAUAAUUUAGGUGUUGUAAUUACUGUAUGGGCACCAAUUGUCAUGGUAUACUUCAUGGACACACAAAUAUGGUAUGCCAUUUUUUCAACAAUAUGUGGUGGAGUGAAUGGUGCCUUCAGCCGCUUGGGUGAGAUCCGGACCCUUGGAAUGUUAAGAUCACGAUUCGAGGCAAUUCCAAUAGCAUUUGGCAAACAUCUUGUGCCUGGACAUGAUAGUCAACCAAAGAGACACGAGCAUGAGGAAGACAAAAUUAACAAGUUCUCUGACAUAUGGAAUGCAUUUAUUCACUCUUUGAGAGAAGAAGACUUAAUAAGCAAUAGGGAGAGAAAUUUACUGAUUGUUCCAUCAUCUAUGGGUGAUACUACUGUUUUUCAGUGGCCUCCUUUCCUUCUCGCUAGUAAGAUUCCAAUUGCACUUGACAUGGCUAAUAGUGUCAAAAAAAGGGAUGAAGAAUUGAGAAAGAGGAUAAAUCAGGAUCCAUAUACCUAUUAUGCUGUAGUAGAAUGCUACCAGACAUUGUUUAGUAUUCUAGACAGCCUUAUUGUGGAACAAAGUGAUAAGAAAGUUGUUGAUAGAAUACAUGAUAGGAUUGAAGAUAGCAUAAGACGUCAGUCACUUGUAAAAGAGUUCCGAUUGGAUGAACUUCCUCAGCUAAGUGCUAAGUUUGAUAAGCUGCUAAAUCUAUUGUUGAGAACUGAUGAAGACAUUGAACCGAUAAAGACACAAAUUGCCAAUUUGUUACAAGAUAUAAUGGAAAUCAUCACACAGGAUAUUAUGAAGAAUGGACAAGGUAUUUUGAAGGAUGAAAACAGAAACAAUCAAUUGUUUGCAAAUAUAAAUCUGGAUUCAGUAAAAGAUAAAACUUGGAAGGAGAAGUGUGUUAGGCUUCAACUAUUAUUGACAACGAAAGAAUCUGCAAUAUAUGUACCUACAAACUUGGAUGCUCGUCGCAGGAUCACUUUCUUUGCAAACUCACUUUUCAUGAAAAUGCCAAAGGCUCCACAGGUCCGCAGUAUGAUGUCCUUUAGUGUUUUAACUCCCUACUUCAAAGAGGAGGUGCUCUUUUCAGCAGAAGACCUUUAUAAAAAGAAUGAGGAUGGAAUAUCCAUACUGUUCUAUCUACGGAAAAUAUAUCCAGAUGAAUGGAAGAAUUUUCUUGAGAGGAUAGAAUUUCAACCAACGGAUGAAGAAUCACUGAAAACAAAGAUGGAUGAAAUCCGGCCCUGGGCAUCUUAUAGGGGGCAAACACUCACCAGAACUGUAAGAGGAAUGAUGUACUACCGCAGAGCACUUGAGAUUCAGUGUAUUCAAGACAAAACUGAUAUUGUUAAACUGGAACAUCGUAGAACAGUAGAGUCUUCUCAACAGGGGUGGGCCAGUUUCGAUAUGGCACGGGCAAUUGCUGAUAUCAAAUUUACCUAUGUUGUCUCUUGUCAAGUCUAUGGAAUGCAAAAGACAUCCAAGGAUCCCAAAGACAAAGCUUGCUAUUUAAACAUCCUUAAUCUCAUGUUAAUGUACCCAUCGUUACGUGUUGCUUAUAUUGAUGAAGUAGAAGCUCCAGCUGGUAAUGGGACAACAGAGAAGACUUAUUAUUCUGUUCUUGUCAAAGGAGGUGAAAAGUAUGAUGAGGAAAUUUAUCGCAUCAAGCUUCCUGGCAAACCUACAGAUAUUGGAGAGGGAAAACCUGAAAAUCAAAACCAUGCCAUUGUUUUCACCAGGGGAGAGGCACUCCAGGCCAUUGAUAUGAAUCAGGAUAAUUACCUCGAAGAGGCAUUUAAAAUGAGAAAUGUGCUGGAGGAGUUUGAGAGUGAAAAGUAUGGAAAGAGAAAACCCACUAUAUUAGGCCUCCGUGAGCACAUUUUUACUGGGAGUGUUUCAUCACUUGCUUGGUUUAUGUCCAACCAAGAGACCAGUUUUGUUACCAUUGGGCAACGAGUCUUGGCUAAUCCUCUCAAGGUUCGGUUCCAUUAUGGUCAUCCUGAUAUUUUCGAUAGACUCUUCCAUAUUACUAGAGGUGGCAUAAGUAAAGCCUCAAAGACUAUAAAUCUAAGUGAAGAUAUAUUUUCAGGUUUUAAUUCAACAAUGAGAGAAGGGAAUGUCACACAUCAUGAGUAUAUGCAAGUUGGUAAGGGGCGUGAUGUGGGAAUGAAUCAAAUUUCAAGCUUUGAAGCUAAGGUGGCAAAUGGCAAUGGUGAACAAACAUUGAGUCGUGAUAUCUAUCGGCUGGGGCGCAGAUUCGAUUUUUAUAGAAUGCUAUCCUUCUACUUUACUACAGUUGGGUUUUACUUUAGUAGCAUGGUUACAGUACUUACAGUUUAUGUGUUUCUAUAUGGGAGGUUAUAUCUAGUUAUGAGUGGUCUGGAAAGGUCUAUUUUGCUGGAUCCACGUAUCGAGCAGAACAUUAAGCCUCUUGAAAACGCACUGGCCUCGCAGUCUUUUUUCCAGCUAGGUUUGCUGCUUGUUCUCCCUAUGGUAAUGGAAGUUGGCUUAGAAAAGGGAUUCCGCACAGCAUUAGGAGAGUUUGUUAUCAUGCAGCUUCAGCUGGCAUCUGUGUUUUUCACAUUCCAGCUUGGCACCAAAACGCACUACUACGGAAGAACAAUACUGCAUGGCGGGGCUAAAUACAGACCUACAGGUCGUGGAUUUGUUGUCUACCAUGCAAAGUUUGCUGACAAUUACCGCAUGUACUCCCGCAGCCACUUUGUUAAAGGACUUGAACUGUUGAUACUUCUGGUGGUUUAUUUAGUGUAUGGAAGUUCCUACCGCAGCUCAAGCAUGUACCUAUUUGUCACCUUCUCCAUAUGGUUCCUGGUUGCAUCUUGGCUCUUCGCACCCUUUAUCUUCAAUCCGUCAUGCUUCGAAUGGCAGAAGACAGUUGAUGACUGGACAGAUUGGAGGAAGUGGAUGGGGAACCGUGGGGGUAUCGGCAUGUCUGUGGAUCAAAGCUGGGAGGCUUGGUGGAUAAGUGAGCAGGAGCACCUUAGGAAGACUAGCAUUCGCUCUCUCCUCUUGGAAAUCAUUCUUUCGCUCCGCUUCUUGAUCUAUCAGUACGGUAUUGUGUACCAUCUGAACAUAGCACGCCGCAGCAAAAGCAUUCUGGUAUAUGGAUUGUCAUGGCUGGUUAUGCUCUCAGUCCUAGUAGUUCUAAAGAUGGUUUCGAUUGGGCGACAGAAGUUUGGAACAGAUCUGCAGCUUAUGUUCCGCAUUCUCAAGGGCCUCCUGUUCCUUGGUUUUGUCUCUGUGAUGGCUGUAUUAUUCGUCGUUUGUAACCUCACAAUUUCGGAUGUUUUUGCUAGUAUUCUUGGGUUCAUGCCUACUGGUUGGUGCAUUCUUCUGAUUGGGCAGGCAUGUUCGCCGUUGGUGAAGAAGGCAAUGCUGUGGGAUUCCAUCAUGGAGCUCGGGAGGUCGUACGAGAACCUGAUGGGACUCGUCCUCUUCCUCCCCAUCGGCCUCUUGUCAUGGUUCCCCUUCGUGUCCGAGUUCCAGACACGACUGCUCUUCAACCAGGCCUUCAGCCGUGGCCUCCAGAUCUCAAGGAUCCUCGCCGGGCAAAAGGACAUUGGAGAGGAAUGAAUGAAUGGAUGAAUGGCCCCUCCUGGCCUCGUCUCCUCCGGUGAACUCGCUUGGACGAAAAAACCAUCGAUUUUGGGCGGCUAGUUCGUUGAUAGGGCCUUUUUUAAAUAGUUCUGAACAAACAAAUAGUAGCCGGUACAUCUGAACUGUAGUAUAAAUGUUUGUUCCUCUUUAGAACAAGGCAUAUAUAUGUAGUAAGCAAUUAACAUAAAUGCAGUACGUUGGUAUAUUUCCAAGGGUCGGCAUGUCAGGAUAUAUUAAUUAGUUAGUGACUGGCUAGACAUCAGUUUCCUUCUGUUCUCGAACGUGUGUUCUUCUGUUCAGCCGUUCUGGAUGUAGCAUGUCAA